AAAAAUAAAGCGUAAUGAAAUACGUCACGGUGUAAACGGGGCAGGCUCGCUGACAAACGCGGAACUAGUAGAGGAUUCACGUGAUUGUCAGUCGGACAUAUUUCCCCAGCGGACAACUUGUCUGAACUGCUACGAUGUAUUCAGCAGGAACAGAGAGUUUGAUCAAACAAGCCAGGGAGAUCGGGGAGGAGGAGCUACAGAAGUUCUACUGCAGGAUCACCAAGCAGCUGAUGGGUAAAGAACACGGCCAUGAUGUCAUCGACUCACUCCAGAGACUACACCUGAUCAUGGCCUCAACCAAGUACACUAGGAGGCUGCCAGUGGAGCUGCAUGACCGUCUGCUGUCACUUUGUGUGUCUUCCUCUGUGGAGCAGCUGACUGUGUUGACCUCGGCAGUACUCAGAGAAACACUGCCCCCCUCUGGUCCGGGGCAGAUCUACACCCUACAUGACCACAGCCCUUUACCCAGUCAUACUGCUGCUUUAAUGCUGUCACAGGCAGAGUCUAAAGAAGACCUGUCAGCGCUCUCCUCUCUCCUCCUUCGAAGUUUGGAGGGACGACCAGCAGGCAUACUCUCUCACCUUCACACUCUGCCUCUUCUCAACACCAUCAUCACCUACUGCCCAGAGAGCCUUACUGAAGAUCAUGUGACCCUGCUCAGUAAGAGGCUUGUCGAAUGGCUGCGCUACGCCAGUGUUCAGCAGGGAGGUGUGGCCUCGUCAGGAGGGUUUUUCACUGGCCCUCGAAUACGUCAGCCGGGGCCGGUGGUGGAGCUGGACGGCUGUGUGUGUGGGGAUUUCUUCACGGUGCUGUGUGUCAGCCAAGCCUUCUCAGACGACCAAUGGAUGAACCUCUACAGUUUCUCUCUGCUACGCCAUUGGCUGAUCACAUACCACAAUGUAACGGAUGGCAACAACAGCACAGACGCAGAUGACAGGUCGGAGGUGGACGGCUCUGUGGUUUCCAUGGUAUCAGCCACGUCGUCCUCCAGCAGACUCCUUCCUCCUAAAGAACGUCUGAGAGAGAAGAGUUUCCAGUACUGCCAACGCCUCAUAGAACAGAGUGACCGCAAGGCGCUGAAGAGAACAGACACAGAGCUACAGAAAGCAUGCUUGGUGGAGGCGGUGCGUAUCCUGGACGGUGUGUGUGUGGAGGAUGCAGGGUGUGUGUAUCGUGCGUUCCCGUGUGUUAAGUCACUGUUCGGCCGUCUGAACUCUGACCUGUCCUGCAGCAGAGUCCUCCUGCCCAUCGCUCAGUUCUACCUGAACCACGGGGAGACUGCAGCGGUGGACAGUGAGUGUGUGUGGAGGUGUGUGUUUGGUGUUCUCCCAGCAGAGUGUUUCAACGACCCCUAUCUGGCCCACGAGACGCUGUCCUUCAUCAGAGCCAAUCAGCUGCAGCUCCAUUCCUCUGUACCACUGUACACACACUACUUCCCUAGCCUGCUCAAGUUCCUAGCGUGGGACAGUCCAGGCCUGGUAUCUGACUAUGUGGAUGUGCUGCCCUCUCUGGUCACGGCUGGGACUGCAGUUGAGCUACUGCACUCUCUACUGGACUUGCCCUGUCUCACUGCUGCUCUCACACUGCAGCUCAGGUCUGCAUGCUUCCCUGUGUCUGAGCCAGGGGGGCGUGGUCUGUCAUCGCUGGAAGCUUUCCGAAGCCCCGCCCAUAGAGGCCUCUUCCUGUUCCUGUUGAGAGGGGAGGCAGGGUCUGGUGAUACCAUGGACAGACUGAGUGUGCUCCAUGACCUGCUGAUGGAGGCAGCUGAUUGGUCCAGAGUCAUCCAAUCAGCUCAAAGUGUUCCAGUGCUGCUGCACGUCUACUUCAACACAGUUACCACGAUAUCAGAUGAGCGGUUGCUGGCCCAGCUGGUGUUGGUGCUGUUGGAGAGAAGCAGUCUGUUGCUCAACAUCCCCAAAUACACUGCAGAGAUACACCGAGUUUUUAGCCACCACUUGUUGAAGCUGUGUAAGCUCCACCCCUCUCUGGUUGUGGACCAAUCACGGGAGCUGCUGGAGUUUGCUGGAACCACCACUAACAUCCACAGCAAAGAAGACCUGUACACACAUGUGGUGUGGGUGCUAGGUGAGUACCUGUCGGUGUCAUUUGACUCUCGGUGUUCCGUGGAUCUGGUUACUUCCUGUUUCGAGGCAUUGGAGGCAGUCCUCUUCGAGAUCACUUCCUCUGGAAGCCCCUCCCCCAGGGUGGUUACCUCCUUGCUGAGCGCGCUCGCUAAACUGGCUUCCCGUUCCCACGACCUCAUACCCAGGGUUUCUCUGUUCCUCUCUAAGCUUCGUAGCGGAGCAGUCUCCUGGUGUGGCAGUGAGGAGGAUGUUGUCGCCGUAGUGACCAGAGGGGAGGAGUUAUGGUCGCUGCUGAAACUUCCGAGCGUGGCGCUGAGUGUUCUAACCCCGCCUUCCCUCGCCACCUCCCCCCGCUGGCACCGAGACGCCAACGCAACGCUGCCACCUCGACUCAGAACACUGACUGGCCUCACACACACACGCUAAAAUAUAAUCACACAUAGACCUUAAAUCAUUUAUGUUCAUUAAAUGUACUGUAUGUUUUCAAUAUCUUGUUAUUAUACAGUGAGGGCCAAAAGUAUUGGGACAGUGACGUUGUUGUUGUUGCAACAUAAUCUGACACAACCAAAACAAACAGGACAUCCAACCCCUUUGUAGAGUUACAAGCUUGAUGUAGUUAUUGAAGGAAUAUGGGACCAAAUACUAAAUGUUUCACUGAUGUACUACACAAGUCCAUUUUCCCCAAUGCUUUUGGUCCCCUAAAAUGGGGGGGACUAUGUACAAAAAAUGCUGUAAUUUCUAAAUGUUUCACCUGAUAUGGACGGGAAUAGCCUUAAAGCUGACAUUCUGCACUUUAACCUCAGUCAUUGUAUCAACGUGUUGGAGUACAGAGCCUAAACAACAACAACAACAUGUCACUGUUCCAAUACUUUGAGAUCACUGUCUUUGUUUACACACAUUUUAUAGAUCUGUUUUAAAUCAACAGUUUCUCUGAUAGAAGAUCAUAGAUACAGGAAUGACUGAGCCAUCUAGAUAUAGUUAUACUAGACAGGACUGACUGAGACAUCUAGAUAUAGUUAUACUAGACAGGACUGACUGAGCCAUCUAGAUAUAGUUAUACUAGACAGGACUGACUGAGACAUCUAGAUAUAGUUAUACUAGACAGGAAUGACUGAGCCAUCUAGAUAUAGUUAUACUAGACAGGACUGACAGACAUCUAGAUAUAGUUAUACUAGACAGGACUGACUGAGACAUCUAGAUAUAGUUAUACUAGACAGGACUGACUGAGACAUCUAGAUAUAGUUAUACUAGACAGGACUGACUGAGCCAUCUAGAUAUAGUUAUACUAGACAGGACUGACUGAGACAUCUAGAUAUAGUUAUACUAGACAGGACUGACUGAGACAUCUAGAUAUAGUUAUACUAGACAGGACUGACUGAGACAUCUAGAUAUAGUUAUACUAGACAGGACUGACUGAGACAUCUAGAUAUAGUUAUACUAGACAGGACUGACUGAGCCAUCUAGAUAUAGUUAGCUCAGUCAGUCCUGUCUAGUAUAUCUAUAAUGACAGACAUCUACAGUGCCUUCAGAAAGUCUACCUUUUUGUGUUACAGCCUGAAUUUAAAUGUAAAGGUUUCAGUAUAAAGGUACCACAGUAUUACUCCUUAAA